AUGAAGGUGUCAAUAUUGAUUUGUGUGUUUGCGGCGUGCGCCGUGACCCUGGCCGUGGAAUUGGCACCUGAAGAAUUUGUGCAGCCUGUUGACCCUCAGAGUGUAGCCUUACCAGCUGUCAACCGGCCAAAAAGAUUUUUAGGUCAUGCAAUCGGCGCUGCUGGACUGGCUGGAAUAGCAGGUCUUGGUGCCCUUGGUCUUGGCGCUGGAAUCAUUGGCGCUAAGGCUGGCCUUAUUGGCGGAGCUUUAGCUGGUGGAGCAAUUGCCGCUGGAAGGGGCUUCGGUGGUCAUUACGGAGGUUAUGCUAGAGGAUACGGAUACGGAGGCUAUGGCGGCUAUGGCGGAUACGGCGGAUACGGAAGUUACGUUCCCUAUGGCUACAGGAGUUACUACUACCCAUCUGCGUACGUUUACAGCGACCCGUGGUGCUGA